AUGACCCACAACUUAAGUCGCCGAAAGGACUUUUAUCGCAAAAUAUGUGCCCGCGAUGGCGAUCAUGAAACCGAGCUCACUGUCGUACGGUACAUGGAAGAACUAAACAAAAUCGUCAUCGUCUCCUGUAUACAGUCAUCCUACAAGAAACAAGUCUCUGUCUCACGCUCAUUGGGGGGUGGCACUACCUUAAGAACAAAUACGGAUAUGCGACGGAUAAUGUCAUUUCUUAUGAUGUUGUUUUGGGUAACGGAACACAGGUCGUUGCCUCCAAGUAGUCGAAUCCUGACCUAUUCUGGGCGCUCAAAGGCGGCGGGCGCCUUGAACUUUGGCAUCGUCACUAGGUUUCUUGUGCAAGCUUACAAGAUCCCACAGAUCAGCUCCACGAUUCAGAGUUUCUCAGAAGACCAGAUUGAGCAAUUCAUCGAGGCGUCAUGUCACUUGGCAUCGAACGAUGAUCCUUCCAUCGGCGCUGGCGCAGUUAUCACCAUCUCUUACAACACGACGACCAAGUCAGCAUCGGGCUCAUGGCUAUUAACAAUUUCAAGAGCACAGUAUUUUCACGGAACCAUGCGUCCAGAUGCUAAGCGCCUGUACGACAUCUACUUGGCUUGGAAAGAGUCCGUCUCCAAGUUGUCGGACGUCGAGGGGCUCUACCCUACGUUUGUCAUGAACAUUAUGCCUAAGAGCGCGCAAUCUGUGGCUAAGCAUAAUGGAAUCAGAAAUAUUUGGGGCUUGGAUGAUAAGGAGUUCUUUGUCGUCUCAGGAUGGGCAGCUAAGUUCGGGGACUACCAUCGCUCUGUGAACCACCAGAGCGGUUUGGCCAGUGACUUCAUCUAUAUGGGUGAUGCAUCCGAGACUCAGAAUCCCCGGCUUGGAAUUCCCUUCAAGAAUGUCGAGAAACUUAGACAGAUCCGAGCAAAGUAUGGUCCUGAGGGUGUCUUUACCAUUCUUAAUUGGGAUGGAUACAAGCUGGGACACUGA